UUUUAUUUUAGAAGAAUCCAAAGGAAAUUCCAGCACUAUGUUACCUCAUUAUCUGGUAUCCAUGGUGGUUCAUCUAACAGGAAUGGACUAGAGACAUCUUCCUCUAAACUGACGGUGCGAAGGCCACUUUUUGAUCGCACUAACAUUUUCCCAGGGGCCGCCAUAUUUACAACUAAUCAGAGGCAACAAGAGUGAUGUAAACAUGUGGAAUAUUAAAAUAGGAAUAAAAACCUAAAUAGUCAUUCAAAUUAUUUUCUUGGCCAAAACACCUGUUUUGAAAUAUUAAACAUAUCAUAAGAAAAGGAUCGAAUCAAAAACACAGUAAAUUUAUCAAAAUUAUAAAGAUCAAUCUUAGUGUCCUUUAAAUAAUGACGUCAUUUCUACUUCGAAAAACAACAUUUCUAUUAUCGCCCACUAUUUCUCAAAUAUGUAGAUUAGUCAUUGUCACAUCAAUUUGGACAUUCGGAUGGAAUAAAUCAUGAUAUAGUGUAGUUCACUUGUCAAAGUAUACACAUAAACAAAAACGAUGUUCUAAUGUAGCAGGAUUAUAUGGUAAUUCUCAACUAGAAAAUGGCAAACUUUCGGGGUUCGACUUCUGAUUUCAUCAAUUUUUUGACUAUGAAAAAUUCAAAUUAUUGGAGAAAUAUAGCUGGGUUGUUUAUCAUAUUACCCCAGUUUAUACAUGGAUCAAUGUAUCACAUAACUGAUCAAGAGUGGGAAUGGAGGGAUGGCAGUGCUGAAGGAGGACAAUAUUCUACCCAAAUUAUUGACAGUGAUCCAAUAAAAACCCAGCAAUAUCCUGGUUCCCGACAGGGUGCUACAGUAUGGAAUUCUGGGAAGGAACUCUGGCUAUUUGGUGGGAAAGGACCAAAUGGUCGAUCAGGUGCAAUAAAUGAUUUGUGGAAAAUGGAGAAUGAAACAAUGAAGUGGAGUUUAGUUGAGUUUGAUGUUGGUUCUCCCAAGCCAGAGGGAAGAAUGUUAGCCUCAUCUUGUGGUGUACCUGGCUUGUUCUUCUUCAUAUUUGGAGGCAUGGAUGAUAAUGCACAUUUUGGUGAUGCCUGGGUGUUUUACAUGAAAAAGCAAGAAUGGGUUCCCUUGAUAAAUCAAUCUAGAAUUGUUCCACCUAGAGGGGCAGCUGCGUAUUGGUGUCUAAAGGAUAGACUGAUUAUAUAUGGUGGCAGAAAUGUGAAAGGGGACAUAUUAUCUGACAUGUGGUCACUUUCAUUGAAAGACCUUCAGUGGACGCUGCUAAAUAACCCAAGCCCCUCCCCUGGCAGUAGAGAUGGGGGAGCAACAUGGAGUGCCAAAAAUGAAACAAUGAACUUGUAUUUAUUUGGAGGUAAUUCACUAGAGACGAGAGACAGUCACCUGUCUAAAGGCUUCAUGUCGGAUCUCUGGCAGUUCACAGUAGAGACAAACUCCUGGCAGUUACUACAUGGUGACAGUGUUAGACACAAGCCAGGAGUGUAUGGAUCCCUAGGUAUACCUGAUCAAUCUAACAUCCCAGGGAGCAGAAAGCAUAGUGCUACAUGGAUUGACACUCACGGCGAUUUAUGGAUGUUUGGGGGAGGUGGCCAAGAUAAAGAAACUAAAACCACCCCCAGCCAAUCAGGAAAACUUCUCUCUGACCUCUGGGUGUUUGAUAUUCAACAGAGAGUUUGGGUCUGGCUAGGGGGGCCAGAUAUAGGAGAACAGGAGGCCUUCUAUGGGAAACUGCGGAGUAAGUCCCACCAGCAUAUACCUGGGCCUCGCUGGCAGGCUGUCACAUGGUCACACAAGAACACAUUCUAUAUGUUUGGAGGAGAGGGGCAUGAUAAAAACAAUCAAGAUAGUAUAUUAAAUGACCUGUGGUUAUUAACAUUCAAUAUACCCCCCGUGGGACAUAAAAAUGACCCUAAUGGCUUUUUAGGCAUUGGACAAUCUCUCAGUCCUGGAGCUUUAUUAGGGGUAUGUUUUGCAGGAGCAUGCCUCAUCGCAAUUCUAUUUGUUCUGUUGAUGUAUGCAAAGAAGUGUUGGCAUGCUCCAAGACACAAACCUGUGUUGUACAACAUAAGGUAUUCAUCUUUGAUUGACGAUGAGCAAUUUGAAGAUGAUUUUACUGAUGACGAACAAGAUGAGCUAUUUGAACAAAAUAAAUGGCGUCAAAAUGGAAAAUCCAGUAACACGAUGAGAUAAUAGAUGGACAAGACAGUUUCUUAUUCAUUUAAUCUUCUUUAAUUGGAUUAGUCAACUAUUAUAUCAGGCGUAGUCACCUUUUGUAAGGCCUAGGUACCUAUUUUAAGACCUAGGUAGCAUCCAUUGUAAGGCCCGCACUGUAAAAUCACGGUACCAUAUGGUACAUAAAGAGUAUCCAGGUACCAUAAGGUACCGUUGGAGUAUGGUGUUGUUUAGUGUUCAGGGUACCGUACUGUAUCAUUUUAGUCUGCGGUACCAUACAGUAUCAUAUCAUACGGUACUGUACGGUUCUGUUGCAGAUGGGCUGUGUAGUCACCCAUUGUAAGACCUAGGCCCAUAUCGGAAGGCCUGAGGCCUCAUUAUCUGGUCAGCGCUAAAUUAGGCAAUGCAUUUGGGCUGGUUUCCCUUUGAGAUGACUGAAUAAUACCGACUUGCUUGCCACUCGCUAAAUAUUUAC